CUCUGUGUUAUUACUGUCUUCCAAAUUUCAUUGAUUCAAACGAAUUGAAUCUUUCCUUCGAGCAAAACACCAGCGAGGAACAAGAGUGAGAAGGUUAGGUUAAGUAAUCACAUUUUGUAGAUGGUAACAACUUCUGCGCAACAGAGUUUAUUUGUUCCUAGAGAUUCUAUCUCAGAAGAUCUACCCUCUUCUUGAAAAGAAAUUCAAUCUAAGUGACAAGGAAAACAAGGUUGAGAGAUUCCACUGUCCCUUUCUUGAAGGAGAAAAGAAGAUUGCGGCGGCUACAAUGCCCGAGUCUCAAGAAGCAUCGAAUUACGAUGAGGUCUCUAUGCAGCAAAGCAUGCUCUUCUCUGAUGGUCUUAAGGACUUGAGGAAUUUGCGAACGCAGUUGUAUUCAGCAGCUGAGUAUUUCGAACUAUCUUACACAACCGACGACAAGAGGCAAAUAGUUGUAGAGACACUGAAAGAUUACGCGGUGAAGGCUCUGGUUAAUACAGUUGACCAUUUAGGCUCUAUUACGUAUAAAGUAAACGACUUUAUCGAUGAAAAGGUCGAUGUAGUAUCAGAGACCGAACUAAGAGUAUCUUGCAUUGAACAGAGGCUAAGGAUGUGCCAAGAGUAUAUGGAUCAUGAAGGGCGUUCACAGCAAUCGCUUGUUAUUGACACUCCAAAGUUCCAUAAACGAUACAUCUUACCCGCGGGUGAAAUUAUGACUGCUACCAAUCUUGAAAAAGUUAAGUACUUUGGAAGCAGUUUGGAAGAUUCAGAUGAUUGGAACCAAUUCAAAAAUGCUGUGCGUGCUACAAUCCGAGAAACACCUCCACCACCUGCUAGAAAAUCAACAUCUCAUACUCCACCUCCACGGAAACCACCUCAACGAUCAGCAACCUUUUCGUUUACGUCCACCAUGCCAAAGAAAGAGCAAGAUAAGAGAUCAGUUUCACCACAUCGGUUUCCGCUGCUAAGAUCAGGAUCAGUCGCUACUCGGAAAUCAGCAUCAAUCAGCCGGCCAACUACACCAAGCAAGAGCAGAGCUAUUACUCCUAUACGGUACCCAUCAGAACCAAGAAGAUCGGCUUCGGUUCGGGUUGCGUGCGAGAAAGAAAACCAGAAAGAAACAGAGCAACAACAACCUAGCAAGAGCAAACGACUGCUCAAGGCUUUGCUUAGUCGACGGAAAACCAAGAAAGACGACACUCUUUACACUUUCUUGGACGAAUACUGAAAUACAAUUAUCGGUUUAAUUGUGGAAGCGGGUUUACUUAACCGGAUGAUUGACAAGUUCCUUCUUUUUUCCAAGAUCUUUAUCAAAAAAUUAAAAAAUAUCAUAUAAUAGAGAAAAUUAUA